AUGCAAAGGAUGUUGCUUCUGCGACAUGGUGUUGGUCUGUCAACAAGUUCUGACAGUGAAAUGAUUACUCAGUUACUAGCAUAUACCCCUCCACAGGAACAAGAUGACACACCAGACUGGGUAGCAAGGAUUAAAAAUUUAAUGAAGGAGGCACCCACAGCAUACUCCCUGCUUAUAAUGCACAGAGAUGUUAUUUAUGCAGUACGAGAUCCUUAUGGAAAUCGUCCUCUAUGCAUUGGUCGUCUUAUUCCAGUAUCUGAUAUAAAUGAGAAAGAGAAAAAAACAUUAGAAACAGAAGGAUGGGUGGUGUCUUCAGAAUCUUGUAGCUUCUUAUCUAUUGGUGCAAGAUACUACCGUGAAGUCUUGCCUGGAGAAAUUGUGGAAAUAUCCAGACAUAAUGUUCGAACUCUUGAUAUUGUAUCAAGAUCUGGAGGAAACCCAGUGGCUUUUUGUAUCUUUGAGUAUGUUUAUUUUGCAAGACCAGAUAGUAUGUUUGAAGACCAAAUGGUUUAUACAGUAAGGUACCGUUGUGGUCAGCAGCUGGCGAUUGAAGCACCUGUGGAUGCAGAUUUGGUUAGCACUGUUCCGGAAUCUGCUACACCUGCUGCUCUUGGUUAUGCAGGAAAGUGUGGACUUCCGUACGUGGAGGUGCUGUGUAAAAACCGAUACGUAGGACGAACCUUCAUUCAGCCAAACAUGAGGUUAAGACAACUUGGUGUUGCAAAAAAAUUUGGAGUAUUGUCAGACAACUUUAAAGACAAAAGAAUUGUUCUUAUAGAUGAUUCGAUUGUGAGGGGCAAUACCAUCUCACCUAUAAUAAAAUUGCUCAAAGAAUCUGGUGCAAAAGAGGUAACUAAUAUUAAAACAUAUCCUAAAGCAUCAAUAAUUAACAAUGUGAUACUGGCUUUGAAAAUACAAUUUAGUAUGGUGAAUCAAAAUGGAUAG